AUGGCAUCGUCGCAAAGUCGCCUGGCCGAACUGGCAAAUGUUGUAGCCGUCCACACACAGCGUAUUGACAGCUAUCUUUGUGAAAAGGCGUUACCACACCCAUCCUUCGCGGCCGACAGUCCCGUGGACCUCGGUCUGCCGCCGGAGCUGGAGCAAUCGCGCAUUCCUGUCCUAGAGGCAAGCAAAGAGCUCAAUGAUCUUCUACAGGGUCCCAAGGACCUACUAUUCAACCAUCAUCAUAACCAGCUGGUCCCUCUCAGGCUCAUCUCGCAAUUCGACCUUGCCAACGAGGUUCCUGCCAACGGCGAAAUAAGGUUUGGGGACUUGGCGGCAAAGAUUGGUGUCGAUUGCGCCGCCCUCACCAGAAUCCUCCGCCUGGGCAUCGCCCACAGAGUGUUUAGUGAGCCCCGUCCCGGCGUUAUUACGCACUCUGCAGUAUCCAAGUUGAUUGCAGAUGACUCCCGCGUGGCCGAAUGGCUUGGUGCUAACGUCGACGACAUGUGGCCGUCAGCGGAAAAGACUGUCGAGGCACUGGUGAAAUGGCCGUUGGCCACUGAGCCAAACCAGACCGGCUUCUCUCUAGCCAACGACACGGCUGACUCCUUCUACAUCGAGUUGGAGAAGAAUCCUGAACGCGCACGACGCUUCGGGGGCGCCAUGAGUUUCUUAACUACGGGAGAAUGA